AUGCUACCUAAACAUAAAGAAGUACCUAGCCCAUCUAUAAUAUAAUGGUUUGUGGCCGAAUACGUAACUACCUACCUACCUCAACUACCGAAUAAAUUCAUCAAAAUCCGAACCCAUUGCGACGAUGGCCGGCAAGUGGAGAACGACGUACAAAUAUAGCAGUCUACACCUUGGAAUCCCUCAAUUCCCGGUGAUACAGGGUGGUGAUGCGACAAUUGCAGCUGAUGGCUUUCUAGUUCUGGAAAUUGAUGAACCUGGAUGUUAUGUCGCCCAGUCCAUUGCAAACUGGCAGAUGUAUGAAGUAAAAGUAUUGAAGCAACGAUUUCGGCCCGUAACAAUAGACCAGGUGCAGGAAGAUGAAUUCUUACAUCCCGCACCACCUGAAGUGAGAGUUUCAACUCUGCCUCCCACAUCAUUCACGAACGUUCGAGGUGAAUCGCGUGUGCUUACUGAGGAUGAGCAUUUCCAAAGACUGAAAUAUUUUUAUUCGGAUGGUGAGAAUUGGACGCUUUACUACGAAUAUCUGAAUGGAGGAUCCCUAGAAUUCUUAAUACGUAAAUACUACGACAGAGGCUGGGUAAUUCCAGAGAUAUUCAUUUGGCAUGUUGCCGCUGAACUAAGCAAAGCAUUGGCAUAUUUGUAUUUUGGCUGGACUCCGGAGAAUCGCCUCAAAGUCAGGGACUGGACUAUGGCUUACCACCGGGCUGUAACGCCAAGUAAUAUUUUCCUCGACUACUUAGCGAGGAAACCGGGCGCUAAGCCUAGAGUCGGCAUCGAAUCAAAUGCUUUCCCCCGGGUUGUACUAUCUAACUUUUCGCACUCGGCCAUAGAAGAUGACGACGAUGCUUGGCUAAAGCCCGGCCUCCAUGUAAACGAGAUGCACCCGAAUAUUUGGGAGGACGUCUACCAUCUUGGUUGCGUAUUGCGCCUGAUGUGCAUGACCCAUAUUCCGCUCGGGGAGGGUUUAAUAGAUCACCAGCAUGCGAGAGACGAGAGAGGCGAACACGCCUGGAGCCACCGGCCAGACAGCAGGUUCCUUAGGGAUGUAAACAUAACGCCUGCGCUGUCUCACCCUGCAGGUCCAGGCUAUUCCGACCUUCUUAUGGACAUCUUGGGUACAUUCGAAUGGGAUGGUCAAGAAGACAUGAAUAUUGCAGCAUGGCCAUAUAGGGGGAGUGCGGCGCCCAGUAUUGAUUGGGUGGUAGAUACGCUGCUACCCCAUGCAGAGAUACAGGUCGAAUCUUUUAGACAGGGAGUAAAACCCAGGGAUCAUUUUACCAAUGUGGAUGUGUCGUGGACGAGGCCGUGUGGCCCUUUAGUGCCGAUUUUGUUUAAUGAUGAAGAGGAAAACGCCCUCGACCGUACGGAGUAUCUACUAAAGACAAAAAGGGAUUUCAUGGAAAACUGCGAGAUACAAUUCCCAUUGCCUAAGUACCGCGAAAUGGAUUGAUAAAUGUCUAUUAUAGUUGAGUAGUUGGGAGAUAUUGGGUAUGUGGUUUAUAUAAAAAGGAGUAUUAUAGAAAUGACCUCAAAGACGAUGAUCAGUUGAGAGAUCAUGGAAUCAUGCAAGGUACCUAGGUACAUUAUAUGUACUACAAUUGAAGUACGGACAUGUGGUAGGUACAUGUUGUACCUACCCGAUAAGAGGUAACAGAUAAACACGUGCUGCUAAUCGGAAACAUUCCGCAUGGCGGGGACACGAGGGACUAGUGGAACUAUGAUUUACACCGCCCGGC